AUGGGUUCCUCAGUAGCUUCAGAACAGCUCAACAUCAUCAUCGUCGGAGCCGGCAUCGCAGGCCUCACAGCAGCAACAGCACUCAAACAUGCAGGUCACAAAGUCACAAUCCUCGAAUCCUCCAAGCUCCUCCAAGAAGUAGGCGCUGCGAUCACACUAUCUCCAAACGGAACGCGAGUCCUAGCCAAGCUAGGCUUUGACUUCGCUGCCGCUCGAGGGGUCCGAAUGGACUCUGUGGCUAUCUAUGCUGGUGAUACGCUUGAGAAGCACGAUGUUUAUCCACCGGGUGCCAUGGAUGGUGUUGAAGAUCAUCUUGGCUUCCCGUACCGAGCUUUCCAUCGUGUGGAUUUACACAACGAGCUAAGAAAGCUUGCGCUUCAAGAUGAUGACACAGGACCGAGAGUAGAUCUACAUCUCGGGGUCAAGAUUGUGAGAGACAAUGUUCAGAAUGCUGAGGUUGAGAGUGAAGAUGGGGAGGUCUGGAAGUGA